AGAAGCGCUGAGAACAACCGUUGUUAUAAAGGCAGCAACACUGAUAAACGUGAUAAGUGGCUUUUGCAAGGAGGGAAUUGAUGCAUUGCAAUUGAUAUUGGAUUGAUCAGUCACCUGUUAUAAUUAGAGAAAUUAUUAGUUUGUGCUCGCAGUAUUAAUGAUUUAUUAAAGGUUGUGAAAAAACGUUAGUCUGAAACAAGGAAGAAGCAAAAAAGAAAUGGAUGUCAACGUAAUAUUGAAUACGAGUAUGACGCAUUUCAACGUGUCGAACAGUACAGUUGUAUAUGUUAACGUCAAUGUCACUGACAAAAAUGAUACAGAUGUUACAUUAUUUAACAGAACUAACUCUUGUGGAACAGUGCAUGACAUUGGAUUACAUAAGUCUACCAGACUUGCUAUUCUUUACUUGACUAUGAUAUUUGGCAUCUUAGGAUGUGCGUUGGUGUUGUUUUGGAUGACAUGUAAUCGGAAAGUGUCACCAGGCUUCAAUCAUUUGUCAAGAGUGAACUCGUUUAUCUUAAACCUAACGUUUGCAGAUCUUCUGGUGAUAUUACUAGCUGUGUUUCCGCAGUUGAUAUGGGAAUAUGUUGAUAGAGAAUGGUCAGCAGGACCUGUUAUGUGUAGAUUGGUUAAAUUUUUACAAAGCUUUUCUAUGAUGUCGAGCAAUUAUAUACUAGUGGUGAUUGCAAUUGAUAGACAUCAGGCGAUUCGCGCUCCGCUUAAGGAAUCCUGGCCUGUAUGGAAAAUGGCAGGAUUAGGUUGGUUGAUUGCAGCUUUAUGCUCACUACCAAUGUUUGGGGUAUUCCAUCUUACUGAACGAGACGGGUCAUUCAGAUGCGAGGCUAUAUUCCGGAACAAACCAAUGUCUCACAGACAAAUUUGGAUAGCAUACAUAUGCUUUGCUGUUUUCUUCAUACCUUUGUUGAUACUGACGAUAUGUUAUACGCGAAUAUUCUGGAAGGUUGCACAGAAAGCUAAUGAAAACAAAAAUAAAAAGACAUUAAGAUUUAAAUGCCAAACAGCAAAAGUGAAAAUCCAGCUACAAAGUACAAAAUCCACAUCACUUCCACGAGCUAAAAUAAAAACAUUGAAAUUGACAUUUGUCAUUAUAAUGACAUUCGUUGUUUGCAGCUUGCCUUACUUUGUAUUGGAAAUGAUAAUGUCAUUUGGUGACCAUUGUAUAAUAUCAAGGGCCGUGUAUGGUUUUUUUGGGGGAAUGGCCGCUUGUAACUCUGCGGCUAAUCCGUUUAUAUUUCUUGGUUUCAAUGUAACAUUUUCUUGGCUGAAAGAAGUUAGAGCUCGCAUUGCUGCAUCAAGGAAACGGAAACCGAGAUUUGUAUAUUCAGCGACAUCGAGUAUGGACUCUCAUCCUUCGCUGAGGCAGUUUGGUAAUGGCCGAAGUUCGCAUACUUUUUCACAGUUGAUAUAAAUUUAUAAUCACCUUUUAUUUAGAGAAUGUAUAUGAAUUGUAGAGUCAGAUUGCAUCUAAUUUUAUAUGUUAUUAAUUAAUUGAAUUGGUUAUAGUACAAAAGCUGGGCCACAUAGCUUCCAGGUGUCCGGAAUAAUUGUUUUAUAAUAAUAGUUUUGUUAAAGGGAUAUUUACGUAAUUCUGCACGUUUGAAACAAAUAUUGUUACAUACAGGAGAAGUUUAUUAAACCACAUUUUUCACAUGUCCAAGAAAGAUAAGGUCAUGCAUUUUGUUAGACGAAAGAUUUGAAAAUAUUUGUCCUCUGCUCAAUUUUCACAAUGGUCUUCUGAGGGAAAAUCAUACCACACCUUUGAUGACAUUUUCGCGUAAAGAAAAAGUUCCACAAUGUAUUUUUAGCCCACCUAAGCAAUGCUCAGGUGAGUGUUUCUGAUCGCUCGAUGUCCGGCGUCCGUCGUCUGUCGUCUGUCGUGCGUCAACAUUUAGCUUGUGUAUGCGAUAGAGGCAGUAUUUUUCAACUGAUCUUCAUAAAAUUUGGUCAGAAUGAUUAUCUUGAAGAAAUCUAGGCCAAGUUCGAAAUGGGUUAUCUGGGAUUAAAAACUAGGUCACUAGGUCAAAUUAAUAAAAACCUUGUG